GGACUACCCCUCGCUCUAUCUCUCACUAUAUUAAUCUCUCAGUAAGGCUUCGGGCAAGCUUAAAUAUCCCCCAAGGGAAAAGCAGUGAAUAUCAAUCAUGAAUUCUUAUUUCCUACUUCUCGUCUCCUAGCUCCGUGGUUCCUAGGUCUUCACUCCUCCUAUCCGACUUUCUGAUGCUCAUCAUGGGCUAUUCGUCUUGAUCACUCUACUAGACUCAGUCAUCCAUCGUAAACUCUCACCCGUCCAUUGCCUCACUUCACCCUGGAUAACGCAAAGGACGAAAAGAAGGUUCACUCGGGAGAGGAGCCAGUCCAUGCCUCGUCAACCGACAAUCACCAGAAGGGGCCUGGAUGCUUCGGUGUCAUCCUCGAGACCUACAGGUCUUUCUCCCCUCUUGAGAAGCGGAACAUUAUCAUCUACGUGGUCGGCAUCAUGCUGUACAAGUUCGGUCUCGAGGCUUUCAACGGAUCCAUCGUCGCCCUUGCCACCAACCGCUACGACUACGAGGCCUUUCUCAACAAGACUCCCUCCAGGACCUUCGCCCGAGUUGGCCUCCUGACCGGCCUGAAUCAAGCAUUCCAGUGCGUUGGAUCCAUCCUGAUCGCGCCGCUGGUCAAGCAUUUCCGCACCAAGAAUGUCCUCCUUUCCGCCGUCAUGAUCUUCGGUCUCUUCACUGCAGUUCUGUUGAUCGUUGAUGCCGCCACGGGUGGUUCCUUUGCCCCACCGGCGUAUCGGAAGAAGCACCCCAAAAACGACUUCAGCUACUAUGGCGACUACGCCAAUGAUGGGAUCAUCCCAAUCUAUACCUUCGCCGGGGUCGCCUACGGUAUGGUGGAGUUGAUCCGUCGCGUCAUCCCCCGCGACAUCGUCGGCGGCGACGUCCGCAAACUGCGCCUCAUGGAUGCGUUUGUCCACAUUCUCUACGAGGUUGCCGGAACGUCGGGGGCUUUCUGCACCGCGUUGGGGCUCAUCCCGCGGUUCGGCAACAACUACUCCUUCUUGAUCACGCCCAUCUGCUUCGCGUUUGCCGCGGUGGCGUGGUUCUUCAUCCGGGAAGAAAAGCGGGCCGCCCAGAUCGAAGGCGCGCUGGGGGAUCAGCCACCGUUCCUCAAAGCCGUGCUGGUUGGCUUCUGGCUCUUCAUCGAGUCUGUCUGGACCGGGGGGAAGAUUCUCUUCACAUCACGCAAGUUCGUUUGGUUGGUUCCGGGAUACGCCGUGGCGUUGUAUAUGCACCGAUACCUCGAAAACGGCCUCGCGCCCGCCAUUGCGCGUCGCUACCUGGGGAACUCGGCGUGGAGUCAGAUCGCCGUGGGCGGUAGCAACUUCGGAGAGCUGUUGGGGGCUGUGUCGGUGAUUCUCUUCGCCGGUUCCAUCCCAACCCCGAUGCCAUUCCUGCGUCUGGAUUCCCUCCUGCUUCUGAUUGUCUGGUAUUUAGGUUACUGGUAUCCUCCGAGCGGCGAGAUGAACCAGGCUUGGAUCAUGGCAGCAACCUUCAUCCCUAUCUCAUUCGGCUGGGCCGCAGGUGAUGUCUCCCUUGCGGCAUAUAUCCAAUCUUCGCUCGCUCGUGUGGAAUCGCGCACAACCAACGUAUCCGCCUUGGGUGCUGUCAUGGCCUUCCUAUACAGCUUCUACAUCGUCACAUACGCGAUCUGCUCGCCGCUGCUUGGAAAGUACAUCGAUUCGGUUAGCAAUAAGAACAAUGGCGACAUUCACCAGGCGGUCCGUAUGGUCGGUGGAGUCCACUUUACGGUGGCUUGUGUGCUUGUACUCUGUUCCACUUUCGUUCCAAAGGGUGCUUUGAGUUUGAACCCUCCUCUUCUAAGUGAUGGGCACUUGGACGAGAAGCCCAUCGUGGAUGGGGCCGUGAAAGAAGAGGCCAGGAAAGAAGGGGCCGUGGAAGAAGCCAUUGCAUCGAUAAAAUAGAGCACAAGGAAUUAAGCGCGCUGG